UCGCGUAGUUUACGAUGUUUCAACAUCAAAGUUUCUUUAUUUAGAUAUUGAAUAUCAGACUAGAUUAGAGUUUACCUACAAACGCACACAACUGCUUAUGUUAAUAAUAAUAAUAAAUAAAGAAAAAAAUAAACCAUUCUAGAUCUAUAUAGAUUUUGUAAAAAAGUAAAAAAUGCCAACGAUUUACAAUAACUUAUUUCAAUGGAGUCAUCCAAUUUUAAUUAUCUUGAAUUUAUUAGGAUUAAUAGCUGGCUUGACAUUUUUAGGAGCAAGUCUUUUUUUGCUAGUGGACAAAGGAGAUCUUUUAACCGGAGUCAUGUUUUUAAAACUAGCUCAACCUGCAUGCAUCCUCCUAAUUGCAAGUAGUGUUGCCAGUAUAUGCAUAACUAGCUUGGGUUUAAUUGGCGUUGUCAAAAACAAUAUAUGGGUUCUUUCAAUAUACGCAGUUGUUAUUGUUCUUAUCGGUUUAACAGCUCUGAUUGGUGCUGUGUUUGCAAUCAUCAAUAUUGUUAAUUACACUGACUGGAUAAGAGAUUCGAUGAGAGAAAGCCUAAAUCAAAGGUAUGGGGUUGAUGUUGGCAAUAAUACAAGAAAUACAUUAGAAACUUACAUUUGGGAUGUUGCUCAACAAAAGUGGUACUGUUGUGGAGUUGAAGAUAACAGCUGGGGUGUUUAUAGAAGUUCUGCUUGGUAUGACAGGCAGCCUGGAACCAAAGAAUAUGAUAGACCCUUAGUCCCACCAUCUUGUUGUGUUACAGACCAGUACGGACAGGUAAUUAAUCAACAAAAAUGUCAAAUUUGGCAAGCUGGCCCGCCAAAAUUAGUUAGCGGACAAUUCAAUGAAGCUCUCUUUUAUUCGGGCUGCUACACAUUUGGUUUGACAGUUUUGAAUCGCGUUUCUAGAGGGAUUAUUGUGAUGGGAUUUAUCCUUGGCAUCAUCGAGAUUGUGACUGUUUUCUGCACUGUGCUGAUUAUAAUUUCCAUAAAGCGAUCUAAGAAAACUACCUACGAAAAAUCUGACCCUUUCACACCAAUUCAUUCCUGAACAGCAACUCUUGUGUUUAUUAAUUUAUAAUAAAAAUUAAAAACUGUGACUAUUUUUCAAAUUUUUUGCUUUUGAUUUAGUUUGAAUUGUUUUAUACCUUUUAAAAACGGUGUUAUGCAGUUUGCAAAUAAUUUAGAAAUUUAAAUUAUGGACUGGGUUCAUCAUACAAAAAAACUUCAGUAGUUUAGUAGUGACCAGUGAAACGAUGGAUUAACAUUAAAUCGAAAAAGUAGGAAUUUCCUAUGAUUUAUUUGUGCUGAUGAAGUACAGCAAAAAUAAAUUUCAAUUGAAUCCACCACUGAGCGGGACGUCGACCGUCGUUACCCAAUCGCCCACAACCAAUUUUCGUCUACCACUUUGAAAUAUAAGAAAAGUAUGAUGCAUGGCGAUAGUUGCUUAGCGACCAUCUAUGGAGUAUCAGUUCAAUUGUUCGCGUGCCAUUGACAUAGAAUCUAAGUAUGGAGGUGUUGAUUUAAAAUUGUUAAAUUUUGUAAUUUAGACCAUUCUGAAGAAGUUUAUUUAUGUCUUUUAUAUAAAUUAACUUUAUUACAAAUUUAAAUUAACUUCUCAUACCUUGCUCUAUAAAUAAUUUAUAUUAAUUUAUAUGUACUGUAGUGUACCGUAUUGCUAAUUUAACAAUCUUUCAUUUUAAAAAUAUUCGUAUUUAAUUUGACUUUUGUAUGUUCGUUAACUGUUCUUUUAAUAUAGACCUAUUAUUACAAUU